UCACUAUCACCCCGCCCCCUUCCUCGGUAUUGUGCCCUUUGAUCCCGGAAGUUGAUGCCCGCCCGGACUAUGCCGUCACCGCCCGAGAGCGGACGGGCUGACGGUGUUAAAGAGCCGAUAGAGGAGCUGGGACGCCUGCCCUUUCGAAAUUGUGCUGAAGAAUGGACAUAGUUCCUGUUCCACUUCCUUCAAGCAGUACAAUGCAGUCAUCUAAUUUUGCUCAUGUGAUCUUCCAAAAUGUGGCAAAAAGUUAUCUCCCUCAUGCUCCUCUUGAGUGCCAUUACACACUGACUCCAUACAUUAAGCCACACCAAAAGGACUGGGUUGGCAUCUUUAAGGUUGGCUGGAGCACUGCUCGUGAUUAUUACACAUUUCUGUGGUCUCAAGUACCAGAAAAUUAUGCAGAAGGAAUUUCAUAUACUCGUCAUGUCGUCUUCCAAGGCUAUUACCUUCCAAAUGAUGAUGGAGAGUUUUAUCAGUUCUGCUACGUAACACAUAAAGGAGAAAUCCGAGGAGCAAGUACCCCUUUCCAGUUCCGUGUGCCGUCUCCCACAGAUGACCUACUUACCAUGGAAGAUGACACAAGCUCUGACAUGCUUGUGGUGACAACAAAAACAAACUUUCUUGAGCAAAAGAUUGAAAUGUUGCUCAAAGAAAAAGAAGAACUAUUGAAAGCUAAAACCGGACUUGAGGUGGAACUUGGGCAAUCAUAUGAACGUAUGGAAAAGUUUGAUAAAGAAAUUCAUCAUGAGAAAGAAAUCUGUGACCAAAUAAAAAAGGAUUACAAGGAUCUCUUCCAGAGUUCAGAAGCUUUGAAAAUUGAGAAAGAUGAUAUUGAGAAGAAAUACAAGGAAGAUGCUGCUAGAAUUAUACAACUUGAAGAAGACAUUGUAACUGCUAAUCAGAAAGCCAUUGUGAAAGAAACUGAGUUGGAUAGUGUAAAGCAUAAACUGCGGAGACUACUUGCUGAAAAAGAACAAUUAGAAUUACAAUUGAAGAAUGAAAAGGAUGAGAAAGAGUUGUACAAGGCUCAUGCAAAGAAUACAGAGAUUGAAAACACAAAGCUCGCAACAGAGAUGCAGUCAUUCAAAAGACUUGAUGCAAAUAAAGAGAGCAUGCUGAGUCAUUACAAGGAAGAAGUGGGAAGAUUACAACAAUGCUUGUCAGAGAAAGAGAAACUUCAAAGGGAGAUGCUAGUUAAUUCCUCCAACAUGGAUGAAGUUUCUGUUCUUCGCGAAUGUCUACGGAAAGCUGAGGAGCAUGUGCAAGCGAGUGAGCAAAAAGUCAUCCUAAUGGCUAAGGAACUUGCUGAUACUUCCAAUGCUCGUGACAAAACUAUGGGUGACUUGCAUAGCGCACGAAUAAAAAUUGAUCAACUAAAACAGGAACUUGCUGAUACUGAGAAUAAAUGUAAAGCAGAAAUACAAAUGCUAAGAACUGCUUUGUCAAAAAAAGAGAAGGGUUUUUCAGUGGCUGGCAGCACCGUGGAACAAGAAUUGCAUAAAGAGGUUGAAGAUUUAAAACUUAGGCUUCAAAUGGCUGCAGAACAUUACAAAGAAAAAUACAAGGACUGUCAAAAACUGCAGAAGCAAGUUAUCAAACUCACAGAACAGUUGGAAGAGAAGAAAAGUGGAACAUCCUCUAACAAGCAGAAGCUAACUGAUAAUGAAACAAAUACUGAAUCACCUCCAGUAUCAGCAGCAGAUUUUAUUCAGGACAACUCUCCAGCCGUCAUGCCUGCUCCAUUUGAUUACACAUUUGAUCUCUUGGUGCAGACAAAAAUCAGUAAAAUGAGUCAAGAAAUAAACGAGAAAACUGCGAAGUACAAAAAAUGCAAACAGAUGUUAGAUGAAGAGAAUGAAAGAAGUCGAGCUUUUGCAGAAGAAUUGGCUCAUGUACAAGAAAAACUGGAUCAACAGUUAAAAAUAAAUACCACCCUCAAGCAAGAAGCUACAGAGGAUAUUCAGUAUAAGGCUCUACUCUCAGAGAAAGAGCAAGAAAUAAAGGAACUCAGAGCAAAAUUAGCACAGGUUGGUAAAGAAAAAGAAAUGCUGGAAGUGCUGAAUAACGGAUUUUCAAAAGAGAUAAGCAAGCAAGCUGGUGAAAGAGUUCAUGAAGACGAUGACUCACAAAGGUCAAAACCCCCACAUGACCAGGAGAUACUUCAAUAUCCAAAUCCAUAUGCCUUUGAGGCUCCACUAGUACCCACAAAACAUCCUGAACUGCUGUUUGGAAAUCCUUAUGCUGAGCCUGCAAGAGGCUCUGAUGGAGCAGCUGGAGCUCUUUAUUCUGAAGAGAUGCAUAAAGUUUCUACAGGCAUCCCUCCAUGGGGAUCAGAUACUGCUGUGGUCUGCAGCCAACCUUCUCGUAACUUCAGUCGGCCAGAUGGCCUCGAGGACCCAGAUGAGCUUAUUAAUGACGAUGAUGACACUGUUUCACCACUCGACACUUCUGAUACUCCAAGUUUCAUUCUACGUGAGCAAGGUGCUCACUUCUGCUUUAAUUCAAGCAUCGUCCUUCACAAGAAGUGUCCACUUUGUGACCUGGUGUUUCCCCCGAGUUAUGAUCAGAGCAAGUUUGAAGAGCACGUUGACAGCCACUGGAAGGUGUGUCCCAUGUGCAGUGAGCAGUUCGCCCCAGAUUGUGACCAGCAAUAUUUUGAAAAACAUGUCAUGACACAUUUUGCUGAAAACAUUCAGCAUUUUUGAUUAAAUUGCAAAGCUUAUUUACCAAUUUUUUUCUCCAUGACUAAUGUUGGUUAAUGUUAAUAAUUUAGCAAAGACACUAUAUUUUAUCGCUGAAGGCUACUUUUACAGUAGUUUGCUGUAUUACUUUAAAAAUACCCUUGAGCUCAUGAAUAUAAUAUAAAUAUCAUAAAUAUGUUAUUAGAUGCAUGAAUUAAUCAUUACAAUGUUACUAAUUUGCAUAGUUGCUUAGAAAAUAAGUGUAUCUUAUUUGAACUACUUGCCAUCUAUUAUUAUGCCAUAGAUGAUAAUCUUACUUCAUUGCAGCUUUAGCAAACAAAAGUACAUUUCCUGUAAUUAAUCUAUUAAAGAUCCUAAACAUAGUGCUUCACCUUUCAAAACCUAUGACAAUUUAGAGAUAAACAGUAGUUGAUUAGUUAAGCCUGAGUUUGAGGGUUUUUGCUUUCAUUUCAGCUUGAUACAAAUAUCAGAAAUGAGAUGUGAAUCCAGGGACAAUUGUACCUGAAUAUAUAAUCUGUAAAACAAUUGCACUUUCACGAAAAUAUCAACCAUGUCCUUUGUCAUGAUGUGAUUGAAUUUCCUUCUGUAAAUGCCUACUGAUACAUUUUGCAGAUAGUUGUGCUAUUGUGUUAAAUCUCUGCACAAAGCUGUAUUUAAGUUUCCGUUUUCACUGGUAAUGAUAUAUCCAGUUUUUUGUUGCAGUAAAAUUUCUCUUUACAAUAAAGACAGGUCUAGUCGACCUAUUGAUCAUGGA